UUGACAGCUCCCGACCGACUGCUGCUCGCCUUUGGUGCAAGAUGGCCACGAUGCGAAGCGUUCCCCGUAUCUCUGCGCUUGUGCGCAGCAUCCGCUCCGCCUCUUCCUCCGCUGCCCCCGCAGCAGAGAUUCCGCGGUGGAAGCGCAUUGCUGGUUCUGCCGCCAUUCUCACCGUCGGCUGCGGCGCUGCCCUUGCCAUGGAGGAGCUGCGUCCUGUCAACGCUGAGGACUUGGAGCUGCACCCAGCAGCGUACCCUUGGUCACACAACGGCAUGCUCGACUCAUUCGACCACGCCAGCAUCCGCCGCGGUCACCAGGUGUACCAGCAGGUCUGCGCUGCGUGCCACUCUCUCGAGCGCAUCGCUUACCGCAACCUUGUCGGCGCCUGCUACAACGAGACAGAGGCAAAGGAACUCGCCAGUGAGACCAUGGUUGAGGAUGGUCCUGAUGACAACGGUAACAUGUUCAAGCGCCCCGGCAAGCUUGCCGACUACUUCCCCAGCCCGUUCCCCAACGAGGAGGCCGCGCGUGCCGCCAACAACGGUGCCUACCCGCCAGACCUCAGCCUGAUCAUCAAGGCCCGCCACGGCCGCGAGGACUAUGUCUUCUCUCUGCUCACCGGCUACUGCGAUGCCCCGGCUGGCGUGGAGAUUCGUGAGGGCCUGUACUACAACCCGUACUUCCCUGGCCAGGCCAUUGCCAUGGCUCCUCCUCUCUACGACGACCAAAUUGAAUACGACGAUGGUACCCCUGCAACCCUGAGCCAGAUGGCCAAGGACGUUGUCACCUUCCUCACAUGGUGCGCUGAGCCCGAGCACGACGAUCGCAAGCGCUUUGGCAUGAAGGCCAUGAUUCUGCUUAGCUUGGUUUCCGCUGGCCUGUUCUACUUCAAGCGCCACAAGUGGUCGACGCUCAAGUCGCGCGUUGUUGCGUACAAGCCCCGCCACUAAGCUCGUCAACCUCCCUCCUCGCCCUCCCCCUCCCCUCCGCCCUGGCCACCACGUGUAUUUGAGAGCCUUGUUUUUCCUUCCUCCCUCAAUUGAGAUUGAUUGCUCUUCCCACCCUACUAACAUUGGGUAGAAGGCGCUUUCCGUCUUUGAACGCUUCGUGUUUUGCUGACAUGAGUGAUGUCGUGCGUAUGUGUGUGCUUGUGUAUCGGUGUGGUGUCAGCUAACUUGCCCAGAGCUACGCAUGUUCUGUGAUGUGACUGUCGUUGUUGUUGUUGGCUGUGUGUUUGGUGUGGUGUGACACAAUGUGGGCUGCGGUGUGAUUUGUCCUUGAAACACAACCACGGCAAUUACACAGACAAAACUGCCGCCACGCUCCGGGGAGGCAUUGUCCUCAUGCGUUUACAGUGAAUAGCUUUGCAACACAGCGAGCAUUACGGAG